UUAUAUAAACCGGAGCCCGAAGCCGAGUCCGCAGAAGGGUUAAACAGGUCUUAGGGCAUCGCUCCCGCGCCCCGGACCAAGACCCGCAGGAAAGCAGAGAGCAGCACGUCUGGUCAUUAUCCUUGUCCCCAGACUCCCCUGAAGCCUGCACCUAGCAGGGCGCGGCCCCAGAGCCCACCGGUGGCUAAAGUAGUCUCUGGGGCGCAUGGGGCGGCGUUAAUCGGGCUGGCGGCGCAAGCCAAGAGCCGCUCCAAAAUGAACCUCGUGGGCAGCUACGCACAUCAUCAUCACCAUCACCACGCGCAUCCCACGCACCCCAUGCUCCACGAGCCCUUCCUCUUCGGCCCGGCCUCGCGCUGUCACCAGGAGAGGCCCUACUUCCAGAGCUGGCUGCUGAGCCCGGCUGACGCGGCCCCGGACUUCCCUGCGGGAGGGCCACCGCCCACAGCCGCUGCGGCCGCCGCCACUUACGGUCCUGACGCCAGGCCUGGCCAGAGCCCUGGGAGGCUGGAAGCGCUGGGAGGUCGCCUGGGCCGGCGGAAGGGCUCGGGACCCAAGAAGGAGCGGAGACGCACAGAAAGCAUUAACAGCGCGUUCGCAGAGCUGCGCGAGUGCAUCCCUAACGUGCCGGCUGACACCAAGCUCUCCAAGAUCAAGACUCUGCGUCUGGCCACCAGCUACAUCGCCUACCUGAUGGACGUGCUGGCCAAGGAUGCCCAGGCGGGAGAUCCCGAGGCUUUUAAAGCUGAACUCAAGAAAGUGGAUGGCGGCCGAGAUAGCAAACGGAAAAGGGAGUUGCCUCAGCAGCAAGAAGGCUUCCCUCCGGCUCUGGGCCCUGGAGAAAAGAGGAUGAAAGGGCGCACCGGCUGGCCGCAGCAGGUCUGGGCUCUGGAGCUGAACCAGUGA